AUGCCAAUGGUUCUAGGUUUAGAUCCAAUUUAUCAAGAUUCUCAAGUACAACAACAGGGAAUAACCACAGGUACAAUGGAUGUACAGCUAGAGUUAAAUGAAGACAGUCUACUGUCGUUAUUAGAGGGUGAGAUUUACAGCACAUCAAUUUUACAACCAGAUCUAGACUAUAAUCAAAUUCUAGAUGAAUUUAACCUAGAAACAGAGAUUAUUGACCUAAAUGAGGGAGAGUACAGCAACUACCUGCUUACAGACAUAGAAAACCAAGAAAAUUCGAUUGAUUCUUUUAAUUUAGAUGAUUUGCUGUUGGAUAGCACUGGUGUAGGGUAUACAUUUUCUGAAAUUCCCCAACUAGUGUAUUCAAACAACAAGAUUACAUUUCCUUGCAAUAUUGAAUCAAUACGUGACUCAAUUGAUAUCCAACUAGUUUUAUCUUCAUCCUCAUUGAUAUAUUUGUUGCAAACUUUAGCCAACAUGGGAAUAGCUGACUACAGUACAACAAUUGUUGCCAAGAGGAACUUACUAAGUUUAGAUUGGCUUGUAGACAUACCCAAAGAACUGUACUACGCUGCCAUUGUCUUGGGGAUUAUCAAUGACCAUCAAGCUAGCCUAACAUUUGUUGGUGAUGUGUUAACGUGCCAGAAACUAAUUAGACAUUGUCAAAAUGUCGCGACAAUUGUGUUUGAUAACAAGAAAAUCCAAGUCAUGGAUAUUCACAAUUUAGCCAAGUUUUCGGAUGAUAUAUGUGAUUUCACAGAUGAUAGAAUCAAGCCACUUCCAAUAAAUCAUUUUACUGCACACAGAGAGCACCCAAUCGACAAAAUAGCCAUCAGGAAGCAUUCUGAACAAGUGCAGCCCAAAGAAGAAAAAAUGAAAACUGUGAAGCUAAUUCUCGCACAACGGGAAGUUUCCAGUCUUAUCGGAAUCAAAGGUCAUCGCUUAAAUUCAAUUAGAAUUCAAUCCCGUUGUUUAAUCAAAGUCUUACCUAUAAAUCAAGAAACCCCGGCUUUGCUUUCCAGAAGAGAAAAACCACAAGAGCUACUCAUCCAAGGAACUGAAUCAAAUGUAGCAAUUGCCGUUCAUGAAAUCAAUACCUUUGUAUCCCAACAGAGAUUGAAUAAUAACAAGUUCCGGUAGGCCUUUACCUCCUUGCU